AUGUGGGCAUUCAUAUUUUUCGUCACGAUCGGCGCUUCUUGCAUUGAAAUCGAUUUAAUUGAUAAAAAUGUAGGAGUAGUUAAGAAUAUAUCCAAUGUAACUAAUGCCACGAGGCCGAAUGCUAAGAAUGCUAGUCCUAUACGAGCUCAAAGGAUUGAGGAAGUCACUGAAAUUCUCGUCGAAACCGAACACGGGCUGGUGCGCGGAUUUAAAGAUGACAAUGAAAUCGUAGGAUUUUUUGAUAUACCAUACGGAAGUUUUAGUGAAGAAAAACCAUUCGAGGCACCGUCAGCGACUAACAGUUGGAGUACUGUUCUCGAAAACACUGAGCAUAAAUCCAAAUGCCCUCAAAUUGAUUCAGAAAACAAAUACAUUGGAAGUAGCAAUUGUCUCACGUUAAGCAUUUUUCUACAAAGAAAUACUGAAAACGCCGAUGUUCUUUUCCACAUUCACGAUGGUUCAUCAAAUACGGGUAGUGGAAAUCCCUUAGAAUAUCGCCCAAGACACCUGGUUCCCAAAGGAAUAAUUUUAGUUCUGCCAAACUACAGAAUUGGACCGUUGGGAUUUUUGUGUUUACAAAACGAAACUGCACCUGGAAAUACUGGCCUUAAAGAUUUGAAUCUAGCUCUUCAAUGGACAAAGAAGAAUAUUAAAGCCUUUGGAGGUAACGAUUCCAACAUUGUACUAAGCGGGUCCGGUGGUGGAGGAGCGCUUGUCGAGUAUUUAAUUUUAUCGAAUCAGUCAAGGGCUUUGAUUUCGAAAGCAAUUACGGAAAGUGGGUUUGCUUUGUCUCCAUGGGCCUUAGACCGUAAUCCGUUAGAAACAGCGAAAAGUUUAAUACAGAAUAUGGAAGUAAGUGAAAAGGAUGUUGAGUCGGAAAACAGUUUUAAUACUUUCGAUACGGUAAAUUUAGAAAUAUUAAUGAGAGCUGCUCGGGGUCUACUAUUAAAGCCAUGUAUUGAAAACAAUACCGGUUUGGUCACAGAAACCCCGUGGAAUACUUUAAAUAAUGAAAUGUUGAGAAUAUCAAUAAUGACAGGAUCAGCAAAUCAAGCCGCUAUGGAAAUGGCACUAGCCCACACUGAAGAAAGUUUGUCACAGUUAAAUAAAGAUUUCUCUCAGUUACUACCGAGUGAUCUUAAAUUUGAUAAUAUUGAGGAAAAAAACCGAAUCGGGGGACAAGUAAGAUCAGAAUACUUUGGAGAGAAUAAUAUCACAAUGAACGAUAUGGAAACGCUUUCACAGUGCUUCACCGAUAGUCAGUAUUUGUAUCCUGCUAUAAGAGAAGCGAGGUUGCUAGUAAAAGGAGGAGCUCAAGUUUAUUUUUAUGAGUUUUCUUAUGGAAGUCAUAAUGACGUUAAGGGAUCUGCAAAAGGCGAUUCUCUAAAUUAUGUAUUCAGCAAAGAUGAAGAAGAAACCCCAAUACAGAACGUAAUGUUGGAUCUGUGGGUCAGUUUUAUCAAAUCUGGGAAACCAACAACCGAAAAAAUUGAAUGGAAUAAUUUGGAGGCAGUCGAAGAAACCCAGGAAGUCUGGCUGUCAAUUGGGGAUACAGUGGUCGUGGAGAAAGGGUACCAUCAUACACGAUUAAAACACUGGGACGAGAUAUACAAAAAGUACUUUGUCGAGCACAAUAUGGCAAUUAAAUUAAAUUCUGCAAUUUACAUAACAAUUCUCGGCUCUAUACUUUUGACGGAUAUAAGUAACUUUUUAAAUUUUUAAAACCUAAUAAAUUACCACUUAUUAUGAAUUACUUAAACAUGACAAUUAAUUAAAUUAACUUUUAAUUAUAAAUUAUAUGCGAUGUACUUGGCUACUCUUAUUUUAUAAGUGG